AUGAGGAUGGCCAGCCCUAAAGCCACUGGGCUCUCCUGGGAGAUCACUUGGCUUGCUAUUGCUCUCUAUGCUCAUCUACAGACAAGAGCAGAGCAAUCCCAAGGUGCAUACUUCUUGCCUGAGUUUGCACUUUCUCCUCAGGGGAGCUUUCUUGAGGACACCACGGGGGAACAAUUCCUCACUUACCGUUAUGAUGACCAGAAUUCCAGAAUUACUCGCUCCGAUGAAGAUAAGGAAGGUUCCUGGGAUGCCUGGGGAGCCUGGAGUGAUUGCUCACGGACCUGUGGAGGAGGAGCCUCCUACUCCCUGAGGAGAUGUCUAAAUGGCAGGAACUGUGAAGGUCGGAAUAUUCGAUACAAAACCUGCAGUAGUAAUGACUGCCCUUCAGAUGUUGGUGACUUCAGAGCACAACAGUGUUCAGCCUACAAUGAUGUCAAAUACCAGGGACACUUUUACGAGUGGAUCCCUGUCUAUAACGACCCUACUGCACCCUGUGCCCUGAAGUGUCAAGCUCUGGGAAAGAACUUGGUUGUGGAGCUUGCCCCAAAAGUGCUAGAUGGUACUCGAUGCAAUAUUGAAUCCUUGGAUAUGUGCAUCAGUGGAAUCUGCCAGGCAGUAGGCUGUGAUCGACAACUUGGGAGCAAUGCCAAGGAAGACAACUGUGGAAUCUGUGCAGGAGAUGGUUCAACAUGCAGGCUGGUGAGGGGACAAGCUAAGGCACAUGUCUCACCAGAAAAAAGGGAAGAGACUGUGAUUGCUGUACCACAUGGGAGUCGCAGUGUGAGAAUUACCCUGAAAGGACCAGCACACCUAGUUAUAGAGUCAAAAACACUACAAGGAGAAAAGGGAGAGCACAGUUUCAAUGUUCCUGGAACAUUUGUCAUUGAAAAUACAACUGUUGAAUUCCAGAAGAGUACAGACAGGGAAAUCAUCAAGAUCCAGGGACCUCUUGGAGCAGAUUUCAUUAUCAAGACCAGGUAUUCUGGAACAAAAGAGAGUGUGGUUCAGUUCUUUUUCUAUCAGCCCAUCAGUCAUCAGUGGAGACAAACAGAGUUCUUCCCCUGCACAGUGACAUGUGGAGGAGGUUAUCAGCUUAAUUCAGCUGAAUGUGUGGACAUUCGCCUGAAGCGUGUUGUGCCUGACCACUAUUGCCACUAUCAUCCAGAAAACAAGAAACCAAAGCCCAAGCUGAAAGAAUGCAACAUGGAUCCUUGCCCUUCUAGUGAUGGAUUUAAAGAAAUCAUGCCCUAUGAUCACUUCCAGCCACUUCCUCGGUGGGAACAUAACCCUUGGACUGCAUGUUCAGUUUCCUGUGGAGGUGGUAUUCAGAGGAGAAGUUUUGUGUGUGUAGAGGAGACCAUUCAUGGAGAGAUACUCCAAGUGGAAGAAUGGAAAUGCAUGUAUGCCCCAAAGCCCAAAGUCAUUCAGACCUGCAAUCUCUUUGAUUGUCCUAAGUGGGUGGCAAUGGAAUGGUCUCAGUGCACAGUGACCUGUGGCCGAGGCCUGCGGUACCGAGUGGUGCUGUGUAUUGACCACCGUGGGCAGCACAUCGGGGGCUGCAAUCCACAGCUCAAACUGCACAUAAAAGAAGAGUGCAUUGUGCCAAUACCAUGUUACAAGCCAAAAGAAAAAAGUCCUGUGGAAGCAAAAUUGCCAUGGUUUAAACAGGCCCAUGAAAUGGAAGAGACCAUAACAGUCUCAGAAGAGCCAACAUUUAUUCCUGAGCCCUGGUCUCCGUGCAGUGCCACGUGUGGCAGUGGCAUACAGGUGCGAGAGGUGAAGUGCCGAAUUCUUCUCGCGUUUACCCAGACUGAGGUUGAACUGCCUGAGGAGGAAUGUGAAGAUGUGAAGCCACCGACAGAACGAGUCUGUCACCAGGUGUCCUGUGACAGUGACCCUGUUCCCUCCACACCAGAAUUUGCACAUGCUGAAGAUGGCAGUGUGAUUUACGACUGGGAAUACAUUGGGUUUACUCCUUGUUCAGCCACAUGUCUUGGAGGAACACAGGAAGCCAUUGCAAUGUGUCUGCAUGUAGAGACAAAACAAGGUGUCAAUGAAACCCUGUGUGACAAUUCCAAGAGACCACCACCGAUGACUCGGACUUGCAACGUGAAGCUUUGCCCCCCAAGGUGGCAAAGUGGCCCCUGGAGACGCUGCUCAGCUACCUGUGGGGUUGGGAUACAGACGAGAGAUGUGUCCUGCCAGCAGCCUGGAGGAUCUGCUGUUGCUGCUGAAGAGUGCAAGGACCAAAAGCCUCAUUCUUUACAAGCCUGUAACCAGAUCGAUUGUCCCCCUGUUUGGCACGCUGAGGAAUGGCAACAGUGCUCCCGUACUUGUGGUGGAGGCAUUCAGACCCGCAAAGUGUACUGUAAGCAGCUGUUGACAGAUGGAAGUUUCCUGAAACACUCUGAUGACACCUGCCAGGAACCUAAAUUGCCAUCUAGUAAGCCAUGUGCUAAAGUUGAUUGUCCUCCUCAGCUGGUCUUUGGAGAAUGGUCCAAGUGCUCAGUAAGCUGCGGUGUUGGAAUCCAGAGAAGGAAACUUGCCUGCCAAAACCUAACAGCAAAGGGCCAAUACGUCACAUUAAAUGGAUCAAUGUGUAGUGGUCUUUCUCCUUCACUGCUUGUAAGGUCUUGUCAGAUGAAUGCCUGCAACAAGAUUAAACCCAAGCUUCCAGGAAAGUUUUCUGCCCAUGGACCUCAGAUUGUCAGCAUUCACCGAGUCUAUAUUCAAACGAGGCGAGAGAAGCGCAUUAAUUUCACCAUAGGAAGCCGAGCCUACUUGCUUCCAAAAACAUCUGUUGUAAUUAAGUGCCCUGUACGAAGGUUCCAGAAAUCCCUCAUCCGUUGGGAGAAGGAUGGACAACACUUACAAAACUCCAAAAGGCUUGGCAUCACUAAGUCAGGCUCACUGAAAAUCCACUGUCUCGAAGCUACAGACAUCGGUGUGUACAGGUGUAUUGCAGGCCCAGUGCAUGAAACAUUUGUGCUCAAACUCAUUGGUACUGACAACAGACUGAUAGAACCACCAACCCUUAGAAAACAUGCCAGUGAGACCAGCAACACAGAUCACAAUGAGGCCAACAGCUUUGGGGCCAAAUGGCAUAAAAUGAGCAAAAUGUGGCAAAUGUGGAGUAAGAAGAAUGAGCUCUACCUGGGUGACAGGCAAGUAAGUGAUCAGCCAUUCCUGCGAAAUCUUGAAAGCUUUGGGAGUAAUUCAGCAGAAGACUUCAGCUCUCGUGAGUUCAAGAACAAACGCCUGGAGGCAGCAGUUCUCCAAGGAGCCUACAGCAUGGACACCGUGCAGUUUGAGGAACUCAUAAGGAACAUGAGUCAGCUCAUUGAAACUGGAGAAGUCAGUGAUGACUUGGCAUCUCAGGUCAUUUACCAGCUGAUUGCCGAAUUAUCUAGGCCUCCACAACCAACUACUGAAAAAUGGAAGGGGGCCCAGGAUGAGAAACUUGCCUCAAAACUCACAGGCAAAUCACCAAACGAAUCUGAACGUUUCAGCACAAAAACCGUUGAUAAGUUAAUGUUUGACCAGAAGGUUCCAGUUAUUAUGAGGCAAAAGGAAAUUCCUCGAGUUUCCUUCAACAAAACAAUAACUGUACGGAUUGGAAAUACAGUUUUUCUGACCAAGAAUACUCAGGCUGUCAAUCUACUGUGCGAAACAGCUGGUAUUAGUGAAGUGAAAUAUACUUGGACAAAAGAUGGCGAAACAUUAAAAGCCUCUGAGAAGGUGAUCCUGGACACGGUUGGAAAAGUCCAGAUUCAGAAUCCUACUCAAAAGGAACUUGGUACAUAUGGAUGCCUGGCUGGUAAUGACUUUGGUUUUGAUAUGGAAACAUCAUUGCUAUUGAGAGCAGAGAUGCCUGUCAUCUUGUCCUCUGUGUUGAAUGUGACAAAUCUGGAAGGCAGCAGUUUCUCGGCAGUUGUUGGAAGUACAAUCGUGGCAAGAAUUGGAGCAAAUAUUAUGAUUGAAUGUCCAGUGAAAGGUGUUCCCCAACCAAAUGUUACAUGGUUGAAGAAGAAAGACAUUCUACAAAUCCAUUCUUUCUUGGUUUUGAAUGGCUCUUUAUUUCUGAGGAAUGUUUCCUAUGAAGAUGCAGGAACAUACACUUGUAGUGCAACUAAUGCUCUCGGAAAAGCUGAAGCUGCAUCUGUUCUUCACAUAACUGAACAAAGAUUUGCAGAGAAUAACACUCACUUGUCCAAGGGAAGCAGAAGAAAACGUGUCCUAAUGGCAUCUGGAGUUGGUACAAAUGUCACUGUGGUACCUGGAGAGCCACUGAGAAUAGGUUGCCCAGUGCUGCCCAGCUACAGAAAUACAGUCCACUGGCUCUUUGGAGAUAGUCCAAUUGAGGAAGUUAAGACCUUGGAAUACCGAACCCUGGUUGGGGGUCGUAUCCUAGAGGUGAACACCAACUCUGGUCAAUUUGCUGGACAAUUCCAAUGCUGGACUACAGCUAGUGCAAAACUAAUGUCAGUUUGGGUAAAUGUCAAGAAGGAAGAUUAUACAUGGGAAUAUGCUGAGUGGAGUCCUUGCUCUGCUAGCUGUGGGCAUUCAGGAACCCACUCCAGAGGGCUGCAGUGCAUGAAUGCAGAGAAACAGACAGUCAAUGAAUCACUAUGCAGAGAACUGCAAAAACCAGCAAUUAUUUACCAGUCAUGCAACACAGAAGACUGUCCUGCCAGGUGGGAGGCUGGUCCGUGGUCUGAGUGCUCUGCGUCCUGUGGCAAUGGAUUUCGCCAUCGAGAACUAAGGUGUCAGCAAGUAAAAGCCAAUGGCAGUGUGCUGGCAGUGCUGCCAGGUGCCUGUGCCCACAGAGAUCGACCUGUGGGCAGGAAACCUUGCACAGGUCACUCGUGUACAGUGCAGCCAGUACAGACAAAAGCACAGUGCUCUGGUCGCUGUGUAAGUCGCCCUGUAGGUUUGCAGCAUCGUCAUUUUCUAUGUCAACUUCGUAAUGGAUCUCUGGUGCCCAACUCUUUUUGUGAUGAAAGAAAGAGGCCUCCUGUCAGAAGAAACUGUUCUUCAGAGGCAUGUGAUGUCUAUUGGCGGACAGGUCCUUGGAGGCCUUGCAGUGUGGACUGUGGGAGUGGAUUUCAGUCAAGACGAGUGUACUGCGUACACAGACAGAGCAGCAGACCCGUGGCUGACCAGUAUUGUGGAUGGAGGAAGAGACCAGUGACCUGGCAACACUGCAAUGUCACAUCCUGUGACAAAGGCGAAUGCAAGGAUACAACUCACUACUGUACAUUUGUAAAGCAACUAAAGUUAUGCUUGAUAGACACCUACAAACAAAGAUGUUGUCAAUCAUGUCAAGAAAUGUAA